AUGGUUUCGCUGAUCCAGUCUACGACAGAUUGCCUGCCUGUGCCAAAAAAUGUGUUUCUCUUUCUACUUUCCUCCACACCUUGUCCAUACUGGGACACUGGAUGUCUUUGCGUCAUGACUAACUGGGCUUCUGAUGUCGCCGAUUGUUUCGCUGAGAAUUGCAAAGGUUCGGAUGUUGUUUCAGCCUCCAGUGCGGCUGUAGCAGUAUGUUCUGCUGCAGGUGUUUGGGAACCAUACUGGAUUAUCAAUGCUGCUGCUUCCAGUUCAUUGGCUGCGGCUGCAGCUGAAGUUGCUACUACUACUGAAACUAGCUCUGACCCAGCUACAUCAGGAGCUCCAGUCACAUCUGAGGCUCCAACGACUUCCGAUGCUCCAGUUACUUCAGAAGCUCCAAUUACUUCCGAUACUCCGGUGACUUCAGAUGCUCCAGUGACUUCAGACGCUCCAGUUCUGUCUCAACUUCUUAGCUCUGCAGUUGCAAGUUCGUCGCAGGCUCCAGUUUCUUCUGACUUGUCUGAAGGACCCAGCUCUUCUGAAGUAUCUAUUUCUUCGGACAUUGCAAGCUCUGCUGAAUCCAGCUCUCAAGCUGUAAGCUCGUCUGAAAUUGCAAGCUCUGAAGUUGCAAGCUCUGAAAUUGCAAGCUCUGAAAUUGCAAGCUCUUCUGCUAUUGCCCGUUCUUCUGAAGUAGCUACUUCGGAGGCUGCCUCCUCUAAUGGCAGUCCUUCUGAUACGAGCUCUUUCUUUGUGAGAUCCUCCAGCUCUGGGUCUUCUACUGCAUCUUCUUUGCCUAUUGUUUCCUCCAGUGCUGCUUACACUUCGAACACAACCGCUCCUUCACUAGUACCAACAUCGUCUUUGCCUCUUGUCUCAUCCAGUGCAAUUUACCAUUCGAAUUCGACAGCCGUCUCGACCCCGUCUGCUUCCGCACAGUCCAAGUCCAAUGUCGUGGUGGAUGAUGUCACAGAAACAGUCAUCAACGGUGCCACCAAAAUCGUCACUGUGUGCACCAAGUGCAAAACCUUAUCUGGAUCCCUCACCACUUAUACUUCGGUUAUAGGCAGCGUCACGAGAACCAUCACUGCUGAAUGCGACACCACGGCAGCUCCUGGCCAACCAAAGAAAGACAAGUCUACAGCUGAGGGUGAUCACGGCAUUGAAACAACAAAAACGGCAGGAAAGACUCAAGUGACCAAAGGCGACCACGGCAUUGAAGAAAAAACUACCAAAAAGACCCCAGGCAACCAGGGCAUUGAAACGGCAAAAACCACUGAAAAUGGUCCAGUCACUAAGGAAAACCAGGGCACUGAAACUGCAAAAACUACUGGAAAGGGUCCAGUAACUAAAGGAGACCACAGUUCUGAAACCACAAGAAAUACUGAAAAAGGUCCAGUCACUAAAGGCAACCAGGACACUGAAACUGCAAGAACUGCAAAUGGUCCCGCCACUAAGGGCAGCCAGGGCAUUGAAACCGCAAAGACUACCGAAAAGGGUCCAGUCACUAGAAAUCACAGUUCUGGAACUACAAAAACUACUGCUGGUCAGAUGACGAUUUCUCAAGAAACCAAGGCAGUAAGCGCUUCCUCAUCACGUACUGCGGCUCCUACUAUUGACCUGAUCAAUGUUGCCGGAACAAACUAUGUCCCAUGGUUGGCCACAAUUGUUGCCCUUCUUAGUGCUAUCUUCAUGAAUUAG